AGAAAUGCUGUUUAUUGAUUUUUUGACGUUACUUGUGAAAAGUUUUGUCGCAGCAAAGGGAUUUUAAAUUUCGUGUCAUAAAAUCAAAGAGCUAAAGAAAAUAAACACAAUGUUGCUUUUACUUUUUGAGGAAUGAUUCGAAAUUUAUUUGACUGUUUACAAUGGAUAUGAAAAUAAAAACACCUGAGUUAAAAUGCAUGGAUCCAGAGAAUUACAGAAAAUAUUUCCGGGCACUUUGCUGGAGUGGAACAAGAAGAACUGACAAGAAACCUCCAAAAAAAUUCAAUAAAAAGGAUCGGUUGAAAAGACUUAAAGGAUCGAAUGCAUUGGCAAUCUGCUAUACUCCAGCUCUCCUAGCAAAUCCGUCUCAGUUUACAGUGUAUGCUACCGUCCGUAGAACUGUUCUAGCUCGCUGUAGACAACUUCAGGCUGCUGCAGCCGAUUGUUCUGAUGAUAGUGACGAUGAUGGAGCGCUAUCUAUUUCCAUCACUAAAGUACCAAAGGUCACAGGCAUUGGGUUGCGUACAGUAUUUUCUCUUAUCUCUCAAGCACGAUUUACAGAUCCAAACCUCUGUGAGCAAUCACUUAGGGCUCUACUGGACGUGUUGCAAGGUCAUGCGCCCGAGGAUCUAGCGCACGAACAACAUGAGAUUAUGCUGAAUCUGCACACCAUGCUAAUAGAGGUAUCAACCACUGGGGUUGGUGGCCGGAUCGAGACUCCAUCUACACUGACCGCUCUCAGCAGUUCCUGCCUCAUCGCGUUGGCCGUAGCUCGGGGUGAGGCUGAGCUUGUACUCAGCGCUGUGACGUCACUCGUCAUGGCCUCACCCUCGCUUACAGAACAAUACAUACACAUACCGACAAAUUUAACAAUAUUGCAACGGAGUGUUCACUCGGCCAUCCUGGGUCCUCCUUCUAGAAAUUUGUGGUUGAACUUUGGCGUUCCACACAAAUCACUGGUGACCAGUUUUCCUGUGGACCUCCCACCACAACUUACUGGCACUGGAGAAUUAGUGGUUCGUUCAUUAGUCUCGGAUGGUUGUUACCUAUAUGUAUUUACAUCAAAGGGACUACUCAAAAUCGGUUCAGGAUAUGGCAGUUCUAUACGACAACAUGUAUACCAGUAUAAACCGGAUUUUUUUGCUAGCGACAGACAUGGAUGGCUCGGCUACUGUAAGAAUAAACUGUACGUCAGAAUAGGACGUAAGAAAAAUGAGGUUUUUGAAGUCGAUAAAGAGACUUUAGAAGUGCGAAGCGUUCUUCGACUGGAGGCCGGGCAACCCGCACCUGUUGAGCCGAAAUCAGCAGUAUUCACGGACGGUCACCAACUUGGAUUAGUACUUCUCACGAAUUAUGACAACCUAACGAUUCGUAUGUUCGAUGUGGAGACGAACGCGUCUGAACGUUUACAUGGAGGCACGCACGCUCUGAGCGCUCGACGUGAACUGAACGUUCAUUUACUUCGCCGGCGGACUCUUGUCUUAGGCAGACCGUCUUUCGACGAUGGUCUUUCGAGGCGCAUGGUAGACCUCGAUGCUCCAGUGGCCAUGCAACUGGAUGAUAAUGAAGACGACCCCUUACUAGGAAUAUGCUCUGGACAAGACUUUGGUCUUUUGACCACCUCUUCCGGAAAAGUUUAUUACACCGGAAAGGGCACUAGCCUCGGCUAUAAAGUCCCGGUGCCGCAUACCGGGCGCUGGACACUCAUGAAGGAAACGCUCUUUAACAAGCACGAAGUAGCGAGCAUACGGAAAUGCAAAGUUGUACAGGUGGCCCUCGGACAUGAAGGUGUCCAUGCUAUACUGGUGUUAGACAACGGCACAGCGCUGUUCACGGGAGUGGCUCGCCGCGGAGAAGACGGUGACGCUAACCGUCAUAGACGCACACCUAAACCUACACGACCCAAGAAGAUUUUGAGGGCGGAGGGCCAUCAUAUUGUGUACGCGGCUUGUAACUACGGGUCAACGGCGCUGGUGACCCGGCACGGACAACUGCUCAUGUUUGGGAAGGACACUCAGCACUGCGACGAGAAUGGUCUCGUCACGGGACUGAGACACGAGCGAGUCAUACAGGUUGCUCUGGGAAAAGCACACGCAGUUGCCCUCACGAAUUUCGGCCAAGUGUAUACUUUUGGCAUCAACAACAAAGGUCAAUGUGGACGUGAAUUUGGUUACACUAAAGAAAAACCAUUUCUCCGUGAGGGCGGUGAUAAGGAGGAGUUGAGAAUUUGUCAGUCUGAUCACUCCUGGUCUAUGGAGUACUGCCGCGUGUGUGUUCUGUGUCGCGAGUGUACGGGAUUCGGCAGCGCUUGUCACUGUGCUCUGCUGCCCAUUAGACAACCUGGAGAAAAGUGUGGAUGUGGUGAAGGUGACAGUGGCUGCAGCGUGUGUGGUAUUUGCAAGCAGUGUGCUGAAGCAUCCACCUCCAACGCCUCGACAUCCGUCUCAGACCCGCCGUUUUUCCCAUCUGAUAAAGAAGCGACUCAAUCGGACGGCGCUGUGCCGGUGUGUGGUGAUGAACGCGAGGCCGGUGUCAAGGUGACCAGUCUACCGCCGGCUCGAGUCGCAGUACCGGGGGGACAUCGGAUUGUCGCUGUCGCUUGCGGCUUGCACCACACCGUGCUACUUACUGAACACGGGGAUGUCCUUACUUUCGGAUCUAACCAAUGGGGGGCUUUGGGCGCGGGUGAUAUUGCUUCCCAUCAUCGACUAGUCCGCGUGCGUGUGCCACGCGCUUCCGCCGUCGCAGCCGGGAGUAAUCACACCGGUGUACUUACAAGGGACGGCGAAUUGUACACCUUCGGUAGCUACCAGAAAGGAUCUUUGGGUCGUCCUCGCCAGGAGGAGCCACGUUCUGAUCGUAGUCCAGUGUGGUACGCCACACCGGAGCGCGUGCCACGCAUUGGACCUCGCCAUGGUUGCCGCGCUGUAUGGCUCUGUGCCUCUGGCGACCAGACCUUCGUUCAAGUGUCACAGGCUCUCAUAAACACUGACACAUUGUUCAGUUCAACUAUCACGGCUAAUAACAACAGUAUUGUUAUUCUACCUAACCGUCCGGAACACACCUUUAAGUGUAUCACUAUAAAUAAAACAGACGGGUCCUGUAACGCCUGGACCGGUCCAGAACAAGUGGACUUUGUGAACACUCUCGCAUGUCUCGACCCUCUUUAUGAUGUCCUGUGGUGCUAUCAACCACAAAUGCGAGUCAUGAAAUGCUUCAACAUUAUCGCAUUUGAUUCACACAAGCUACAGCGCUGCUGCUCUAACGACCCCGAAGCUUUUUCGGAUGUCGAAUUCGAUUACCCCAACUACGGGUGUUUGAAAAGACUCGAAGACUUCCGUCACAUGGAAAGUUUUGAAUGGAUCACUAAUAAUGUUGAAGACCAGGAAGCUGAGAACGUUGUGCUAUCAAAUAUGUCUGUACUUAAUCAAGAAUUGGCUAUACCAUGCACUGUUGGAUGCCAAGUUACCAGAAUUCAUGCGGCAUUGCAUUUGCUCGGGUGUUUGGAUUCACUCACCUAUGCACACGAUAACAGGUCCCCUGUUGUGGAAUGCAAACGUGAUAUAAACAUACAACCAAUAAUUCCUGUAGUAGAGGACUACCAGACGGUAAGUCGCUUCGAAAAUCACGGAGGAGGUUGGGGUUAUUCGGGACAUUCGGUUGAGGCUAUCCGCUUCAUGUGUGAUUGUGAUAUAUUAUUGGGUGGAGUUGGAUUGUACGGUGGUCGAGGCGAGUAUACAGCCAAGAUACGUCUGUAUGACAUAGGACCGGAUGGUGGCGAUCAAGAAGGCGAUGGUGAAGUCAUAUUCGAAUCAGACGAAGUCUUCUAUGAAUGCCCUUCGAAAGAUAGAUUCCCGCUUAUGUUUGAUUCACCUGUUCCUCUGAUUGCUGGCAGGUGGUAUGUGGCAGCUGCUACGAUUAACGGCCCAUCAUCUGACUGCGGGUCAGCCGGUCAAGCUAUGGUGAUAAACGACGAUGUCGGGUUCCAUUUCAAAACGUCUAAGAAAUCCAACAACGGUACAGACGUUAAUGCCGGACAAUUGCCUUGUCUUUUAUAUAACGUGUUGGGCCCUGACCAUCCGAUGCCCAUAAGACAUUUGGAUCCUGGUGAACCGGUGAUUGUUCUCUCAAAGAAUAUAUCUAGGAAAGUGACGGUACCCUGUUUCCGGUCACUAAUCACUUUAAUGCAAUGGAGUUGGAGGACUUUUAAGGAUAUUCUACUAGAAACAAACGGCCAAGUGCCUAUAAACUAUCAGAAGUUAACACUGAUGAAGCACCAGAAACGCCUGGUGUACAUCAUAAGAGCUGGUCUAAGACUUGUCAGAUCUUACAUAAAGGAAGUGUAUCCACAAAGCGUCAAGAGACGCAAUUCACCCGAUUACAUGUCCUACUUCGAGUCCAUAGCGGAAAUCCGCAACUUCAUACAGUCAAUGAUGGCUGAUCCGACACCGUCUUGCUCUAUGCUGCCGCGUCGGCCCGGCCGCAGCAAGGCUCACAGGAUAUGCUACGUGCAAUUUGCUCUGGAUUUGACCAAUUCUAUAUUGAUGGAGGCCCACGAAACCUUCACUGUAUGCUUUUACGCGUUCUUUCCAACGCCCAUUCUGAAAUGGAAUCACCUUUGCUUCAUGCUGUGUCAUGUGAAGGAUGGUAGUGUGAACUGGACUCAUAUUCGUGAGUUGACGGCUACGUGUUCAGCCAUGUGCCUCUCGCAAAGCCUGAGAGAUGUUUUGCAGUACAUAGUGCCGCUUACUCAUAGUCAAAACGGUACAACAGAUACACGUAGGAUUGAUAAUAAGAUGAUUAAAGAUGUCCCGUGCAAAUCAGCGACAGUCCCGCGUUCAUCGCACGCACAGAAACCCCCACCUAUACCGCCACGUGCUAAGGAUAGAGUUUCGUUGCAGGUCAAUGAUAACGAAAAAUCGAAUUAUCUUGAUUGGCACUUACUGGACGUGGUUCCUAGAUUAUUGGAUGUUGUACUUAACCCGAUAAAGCAACAGCUGACUCGCCGCCAGUGUGCGCCACCUCACGACCACGGGGAACUGUCUACACAGGAGAGACUCUCUGAAUGCUGCUGCAAACUCACAUCGCGUGUCAUUGCUGAAAUGUCUUUCAGUGCUUUGCAAGCAAAAGACGAUCCUGAAUCCAAAUCGAAUAAACAUCUGGUGACUGCGUCCCGCUUCAUGCGUGUGAACUCUGCUCGUUCGUGGAGUACAGGGAACGGUAGCCCUGACGCUAUCUGCUUCACUGUGGAUAGACCAGGGGUGGCGCUAGUGGGCGCCUGCGUCUUUGUGGGCAGCGGCCUUUAUGACUACACAAUCGAACUCCUACACGAUAUGCGUACUUCAUCAGAAGAAUCUAAUGCGACCCACUGUUGGGUGAGUCUGGAAGCUGCCGACGGUUCAUUCUCUAGUGGUGACGCGCAUCACGAAAUGGUGAACAUCAAGUUCAACAAGCCGGUACUGCUUAAGGACGAGAUACGUUACGCCCUCCGUCUUUGCUGCGAGGGAGCUCGUACAGCUAGUGGUGACUGCGGUCUGCCAGCGGUCACCGGACCUGAUGGAACUACUUUUCAAUUCUCCUCCUGUUCGCUCAGUUUCAAUGGCACAUCCAUCGCCCGUGGGCAAUUGCCUUGCCUCAUAUACUACAGAACAAAGUGGGUGGAGCGGUCUGUGGAGAGCUCUAGCUCGGCGAGCACAAGUAACGCCCGCGUGAAUAUGAGUCGUUUUAGUGAGGAGAGCGAGUGUGAUCGUGGGGCAGUCCGCGAUGCUGCAGUGUCUGUGGCCUCACUGGUAGCGGAGCGUGCUUCUUUACUGUUAGCGAGCACACGAGCCCUACCACCGGACGAACUCCGUCGCGCCGCACCCGCUCUCGCCACUGCUCCCGCUCUCAACACGCUGCUACCCUAUGCGUUGGCUAAUCUCGAGGGCCUUAAUGAUUCUAAGAGUGUGAUACAAUUACUGGAAAUGGUACACAAGCUGCUGCCUCACGUGGCGGCUGUGAAUCUAUUGAUACCGAGCGUCGAGGAGGUGUCUUCCUCCACGACCAGUCAGUUCUACACCUGGGUCGAAAGCGACCAUCCAUACAGACAAGCGACGGUGGUUAAUAAACGGGUACUGUUUCCACCUCAAGUAGCGUGGAUUGUAUUGGAGAUGGAUCCGCGCAGUAUAACCGCCCAGCCGGAGGACACGCUGACCAUUUACGCAGUAGCAGGUGCUCCGCGCCACCGCUGCCAUUGUUCCGGUGACACUAGGGUCAUCGACCCUCCCUUCCGUAAGGUAUAUAAGAGAUUAAUCCAGUUGACAUCGGAGACAGGUGAAGUCGAAGAGCUGGAAGAGGCGAGUUCGGAUGCACCUUGCAUGCAUUACAACUGCACAUACGUCAGUGUGACGCCCAGACUGGGUAAUAUGCAAGCUGAUUGGCCACAGAAGGCGUUGUUGGUUCCCGGUAAUGAGGUCAUAUUCUCAUUGGAGACGGCAUCGGAUUAUUUAAACGAAUACAAUCAAUCUGAGAAUGAUGAUAGCCGUUUUGGCUUCCGAUGUCUCUGCAUCGGAUAUGAGGAUAACUGGUCGGGACGCUCGGUCCUCGGCUCAGGGUUCCCGUCAGGGUUGUCAACGCUGGAGAUGGAGCUGGUACAUCUUGGCGCUGCUUGUGCUUCGCGUCUGUUGUCACCGGAUCUCGACAUACCACCCCUAACACGCGCGACCAUCGUGGAGGUUCAGACGAUGGCGUUGUCGUCUAGUACCGCUGGAACGUCUCUCAUGGGGGAUGGUGCUUGUGCUGCGGUUGACGAGGACAUCGCUGAUCAGAGUGAAGCACUCCUGAUAUCGCGGGGCCUGGAGCUGGCCUCGCCUCCAGCUGUCCACCACGUGCUGGAUGGACUUCCCUUACUACGAUGCAUAUCGACGGAGCGUCAGUUCCUAUCGGACUUUGUUUCCGGCGUCGAGAACACCGCCGGUGGUAGACUGGCCCGCUGGCUUGCUCCGGGGCCGUGUGUUGAACCCUCGCGAUGUGAACUCAAACAGCCUCUAGGGCCAGCUGUGCCUUCCUCUAGAAUCAGCAUGCCCAUCAUCAUCAGGGAUCAGUACGGGGACAUCGUCAUAUCCCCAGCACUCAAAGUCGAGGUGGUGAUCCAGCGUGUAGAAGACAGCGCCUCCCGGAGCAGUCACCUGGUGGCUGAGAGACGAACUAGCAUCAUCGACGUGCCCUACCAGCCCACCGUCCGGGACACUAUGAGCUUCCACGCUAUUACAAUGAUGAAGCCCUAUCAAAACUACUCGUUCGAGGAGAUCCGUUACGCGAGCGGCGCCUGGGGUGGUACGAGUGGGGCGCUGGAGGCGAUCGGUAGCGGAGGACGAGUACCUGCUGAGAGAAUAGUGGUUGAAGCCCAGAAGGACGGGUCCUACACCGCCGUUUGGGUCCCGAGGGUCUCUGGCACGUACAUCUUCAGGUGCACCCUGGACGAUCAUCCCGCUUCUCAGGAUUUAAAGGUGGAGGUGCUGGAGAGCGCCAGCGAGGUGUUGUCGGAGGAGCGCUGGGCGGGUUGUUCGGCGCCGUACCGCCUGAGGCGUUACACCGCGAAGGGCUCUUCCGGGCUGCGCGUGAGGGCCAGCCCCAGCCUACAGGCCGAGGAGCUGGGCCGUGUGCCGCCCGGCGCACACGUCGCCUUCGUCGAGGAGUUGAUUAACAAGGAUGGAACAUGGGUGAGAUUGAGCGGUGAGUCGGCCGCCACGUACGCCGAGGGCGGCGGGGGCGUGGGAUGGUGCAUGCAGUACAAUAGAGCUCUGGACAGGACCCUGCUGCAGCCCGCCGAGGACGAUGAGUCGCAGGAGGAAUACAUGGCAAGUUGGAGCGGUUUUAAGGAGAACCAACAGGAUCAGGCUCAGUGGCAGGACGAUGACGCGGACGCGGCCAGUAACGAUUUGAGCUCUGAAGAUCGACGCUUCCCAUUUUCUAUCCAAUGUGACUUAAACACUGAGAGCGACAGCAGUACAAGUCAACAUAUCUUCGGCGAGCCGAGUAAACGGGAUCGACUUGCUAGAAUCGAGUCCAGUUCUGCUCCAUCACCUAGGAGGACUCCGCGUCGCAAUAAUGGGAACAGUGACGAAUGGUGUUCACCCAUCAAGUUCAGAUCCAGCGACAACGUACAUGAUUUGGUCGACCUGAAAGAGUCUGCGAUCCUCGGCGGACGGGAUGAUAUCAAGAUGGGUCGCUUAGCUCAGACAGGAACACAGACUUCCCCAGAGAAUUCCCUCGACGAAGCUGGGAAUUCACAUUAUGAUUCAAACGCGGAUGAGUCUGAGAGUCCGAGGCGUGUGUUGUCGAGGGAGAGGUGUCGUUCGUCUCGCAGCUCCUCGCCGCCGCCGCUACCAGCGCGGACGCACCAUCCCAGGAAGAACGCCCUCAGUCCAGCUCAGGCCGAGUGCCUUAGAGCUGUAUUCGCCGCCCUACUCUGGCAUGAAGGGACCGUGCAUGACGCUAUCGCUUGCGCGGCCUUCCUCAAGUUCCACCCGCAGCUGCCUAAGGGUGGCGCUCGUGUUGUUACGAGACCCCAACCAGAAGCCGCCCCUGCCAGACCACAACGACACUCCGUCGAGGUUACCAAUGCAGGCCAAUAUUUACAUAUUCACCCGUCUACUCUGGAGACGUUGACACGCUCUGGUACCGAGGCCAGUACGAGCCGCGCACGGAAGUCUGAUAUAGAUGUGGCCAUCCGUGAAGAAGAUGCCGGAUUUGUGACCCACAUACAUGAAGUGUCAACACCGGCCGUGGUAAAUGUUCUGCCGCCGGCACUACGCGCACUCGUCGCCUUAUGGGACGCUCUCAAUGAAGCUGAGCAACUCAAUGUUGCUACCGACAAAUUCAAGAAGGAAUUAUCUGAGAGGAAUGAAAACGAAGAAACAAGGAUGGGUGUUUUACGAAAAAAGAAGGAACUAAAGAGUGGGCGAGCACCUCUUACUGUUCCUUGCGAGCUUUGUGGUGGUACUAACGUGCCACCGCCUCUAGCGGCCCACAUGAGACACAUGCACCCAGGCUGCCGGGCUAUCACUUCCAAAGGUUACGACCGCGCCGGGGCCUACAAACUGGCUGAUCCAUUACCGACUAACAAAGACUCGACCACGUCGGAGUGUGGACAAAUAGCUCAGGACCUUAUCGGUGUGAAAAUACGCGCUACGUUAUCAGCUUACCAACUGUGGUACAUAUACUGCGAGAAAUGUCGCGAGCGUGCAUUGAAGACGGCCCAGCAGAAGACGGCUGAGCCGGAGGAAGGGUGCACUUCGCGUGUUAAACCGCGGCUGGUACCACCGCCGGACCUCGACCACCUCGCCAUCAGAGACAACGCCGUCUUCUUACUGGACCUCGCACCACUCACCAACUCCGAGUCAGGUAGUGCAUGCCGUUGGGGUGAGAUUGGUGGUCGUAGUCCCCCAACACCCCCGGGCAGCGUUUGGCAGCCGGCACCUCCCUUCCAGUGUCUGAUGGCCUUGGGCGUUGAACCCAAAACAACCACCCAAAUUCCCGACUCAGCGCGCUAUCAUUCGUUGGGACGACCAAUGCAAGCUGCUUCCAUUAAUGAUGGUGCGUCGACAUCUAAUGACCCGAUGGUGCCGCAGUGUGUACGCGUGCCUCGCUCAGUAUCUAUGGGUCAAGCCGGGGGACGUGACCUAGCUCACGCCGCCCGCCCUCCUCUUGCUAACUUUGAACCUGAUACCCAGGAUACACUCACAGUAGGUGCCGGAUCAUCCCUCCUUGCACAACCAAGCGCAGCUUUACAGAAACUGGUAGGAGGUGGAGAAUGGGCAAGUGAUAUAUGUGCCGUAUCAGCAUUUGAACCACCCCAAGUUGAUCCCGAAGUUUUAAUGCAAAGUCCGGUCCUGGCUUUCAUACUAGCUAAGCGUGAUCUACCCGCGUACCGUCAGAAAAUGGACGCGUUGGUCAGAAUCAAUACUGUCCGACAAUACGCAUUUGAAUCAAUGAAUUGGCUUCUCCGUUCCACAACUCAACCGACGAGCGUGCAUGACGUCAUGUGGUGGUUCUGUAACGCACUCGACAAUUUUGCUUGUAUCGUACCCUCGCCACUAUCAUUCGAAGAUAAUAAGGAGAACUCUGUGAACUUUACUCCUACUGCGUCGGCUGCUGCCAUCUGUCCGGGGGGACGGUCAGCUCGUGGGGCUCGGGCUGCAUUCCACGCUUUCCUCGGCUCUGUCAGCGCCUUGGCUCCAUCUCUACACCCGGCUAGCGCUGCAGCGCUGCAGGCCGUGCGCUGCUGGGCGCUGCAUUACUCGCAUCACGAUCGAGCAUUCUUGCACAGAUCGCAAGUAUUUAGCGUUAUCAGCAAGAUAUUAUCACACUCAGAGGAUGGUGGCCACGAGGACGGUAUGUUUGGUGCGCUCCAGGAGAGCUACCAUAGCUAUACGAACAAGAAUUAUGUUUGGGGUUGUCCUGACGUGACGGGCUGGUGUGAAGUGACCGUAUCAUCAAGACCUGCCAUGGCUGGGUCUUUGACAGAUGGCAGUACAGAAACCUUCUGGGAGUCCGGAGACGAGGAUCGCAACCGCGCCAAAUGGAUCCAACUGGCAUUUUCGGGUCCAUCGCAUCAAGAUAGACCUCAUGUAUUCUGCGUUCACGUCGACAAUACAAGGGAUACUGUGAACAAGACUCUCCUGAUGUCGUUCCUGUACAGCAGUGGUUCAAGUGAAAUGGCGCACAUGCAAGACAUAGAAGUGGACGUUAAAUCAGCUAGCUGGAUUUGUUACACUUUACCUACGUGCAUGUUAUCAGGAACUUCGACAUCCUCUGUGCGUGUGCGCUGCGAGCUUCGUGGGCCGGAGCCGUCUGUGAGAGUCCGCCAGUUGCGCGUGUUGGGGGCGCCACUCGCGCUUCUUGAACCACAAACACCACACCCCCUACAUUCCUUGGCAGAAAGGGACACGCUGAGGGUCUUCAGACUACUCACCUCACAUGUGUUUGGCAAACUGCUGGAAUGGGAGCAAACUAGCAGCGAUUCCAACGAAGGUGCCAUAGCAGAGGGCGCUGUUGGUGAUGAUAGCGAUCUUCGAGAACACGUGGUCGGCAUCCUGUUCGCUGGACAUAAGCUCACCUCGCUACAAAGACAGGUGAUGUCUCAUAUCGUUACCGCGAUCGGUUGUGAGGCGGCGAGGGUGAGAGACGACUGGGAGACGGCGCUGCUGUGUUCUGAGGCGGUGGUCGAAGGCUCCCCCCGCCCGCCCCACAUACAAGACAACUAUUGCUUUGAAAUGCUUUCCCUUUUACUAGCUCUCAGUGGGAGUGCUGUGGGGAGGGUGCAUCUCGCCCAGCGUACUGAGCUGCUCGUAGAUCUAUUAGCUUUGCUCCAUACAGGAAGCGAACGAGUACAGAGACAGGUCAUUUCUUUAUUGCGACGGAUGAUAGCGGAGGUACCGCCCCAUAAAAUGCUCUCAGCACUCAACUAUGGAGGCGACCUCUCCACACAAGUGACGCUACUGGACCACCUCGUCUGUUACUUGGGGAAAGCAAUCACGGUACAAGUGAAGGUGAAAGGUGCGGGUACUAUGAGUCCGGGGACUGUCACCCUGGGUGGGAGUGUCACGCCGUCACCGCCCGCGCUGUGGUUCAUGAGAGGGGAGACCACAAAGAAACACGCCCACCUUGUAGCGAGACUGCUCUCUGAUAUGGCUGAAGAUAAAGUAUCCGAUUCAUGGGGCAUGGAGACGCGAGGCGCGCUUGCACGGUACGUGUGCGUUGUAGCGCAGAUGGAAGAAACCGAUAGAAGGCCGCCGCGUUGUAUUUCUCUGCCAACCGUAUGGCUUGCGCUGGCAGCAUUAUGUGUCUGCGAUGAUAACCACAUUGAACAAAUGAACGUUUCCGGCGACGGUCGCGAAUCUCGCAACCGUGACUCUAUAACCGAGGCUCGUUCUCAUUGCGCCAACCAUGACGACGGCUCUACCCUGGCCGUCAUUGAGUGUCAGUCGUGCGGACCGCUGUGCGCCGAGUGCGACCGCUUCCUACAUCUAAACCGAGCCGCUCGCAACCAUCAACGACAGAUAUGCAAAGAGGAAGAGAGUACAAUCCGCAUAGAUAUCCACGAGGGAUGCGGACGAGCUAAGAUGUUCUGGCUGUUGUUGCUGGUGGAUAGACGCACACUGAAAGCUUUGGUGGAAUUCCGUGGAAUUGAGGGUUCCGGUGAAGAUGGUGCGGUGGCUGGGGGUAGUGCCAGUGGUUCGGGCCCCACGGACGGUGCGUUCAUGCUGGCGGGUAUAUGCCGCUUCUGUGGCGCCCGCGGUAACUCCGGCUUGCUCGCUAUCGGAAACGUAUGCGCCGACCAACAGUGUCAGGAGCACGGUCGGGAGGCGUGUUCCCGUGUGUUGGUCUGCGGUCACGCUUGCGGCGGUGUGCGUGGCGAGCGUUCAUGCCUGCCCUGUCUGUUCGGAUGCGCGGGGGCAGAGGCACUCCGGCAGGAUGCAGAUGAUAUGUGCAUGAUAUGUUUCACGGAUCCCCUACAAGCGGCACCAGCUGUACAGCUGAGUUGCGGUCAUAUUUUCCAUUUGCACUGUUGCAAGAAGGUCCUUGCUAACAAGUGGGUGGGACCUCGUAUUACCUUCUCAUUCUCACAGUGCCCCAUAUGCAAGGAGGACAUGAAUCAUUGGACGCUAGAAGAAGUCCUUGUUCCUAUUCGAAACCUUCGGGAUGAGGUGAAACGCAAGGCGCUGAUGCGUCUCGAGUACGAGGGUCUCGCUGCGGGCGGGUCCCACAGCCGGGCUCAGUCCGACCCAGCUACAUACGCCAUGGAUCGUUAUGCUUACUACGUGUGCCAUAAGUGUGGAAAGGCGUAUUUCGGUGGUCUGGCACGAUGUGAGGCUGAGUCCAACGGUUGGUGGGAGCCGGCUGAGCUGGUCUGCGGCGCCUGCAGUGAUGUAGCCGGUGCAAGGACAUGUCCUAAACACGGCGCAGACUUCCUAGAAUACAAGUGCCGAUACUGCUGCUCUGUUGCAGUAUUCUUUUGUUUCGGCACAUCUCACUUUUGCAAUGCAUGUCACGAUGACUUCCAGCGUGUCACCAACAUUCCUAGGCACCUGCUGCCUCAAUGCCCAGCAGGUCCAAAAGGAGAGCAGUUACCGGGAUCGUCAGAAGAAUGCCCUCUUCACGUACAACAUCCGCCUACAGGAGAGGAGUUCGCACUGGGAUGCGGCGUGUGUCGACACGCUCACGCAUUCUAAACUAUUAAACACAAUACGUAAACACUAUAUAUAUAGAUCUGUAUGCCACUGAACGUUUGUUAGGUAGCAACUUAAAUAACUAGAGACAUACAGAUCUAUAUAUGACUUACUCGUUCUGGACAAACAGCAGAUUUAAUACAACAAUAUAAAUAUACAUAUAUUGCGUUAAUGAAUAACGCGUUCUCGAUAUUUAUAAAUAAUUCAUGGAAUUGGCUAUUGAACCUAAAACGACUGUUGUAAUGGCGUGCCCUCCAAGAGCUGUAUUUAUUAUUACUGAAAGUUUUUAUAGACACGGAUUUUUGGAGCUAUGUACACAUACAUGUACUACUGUAAGGUCAAUUGAUGCUAAGUUAUAACUAAACCUAUAUCUCUAUAACAUUGAUACCUAAAAUGUAUUUAUUUGUAUGUUAGGUAGAAGUGUGUAUUAUAAUAAUGACAUAAAAUCUACUAGGAUCGUAUGAUUGAAAUGUAUUUGUCGAGGAACACCCUGACAUUAUAAUCUGACGCUGUAAAAAAUUAACUUAUCAUAUAUUUAAUUCACUUAUUCGGCUGGUUGUUCUUCAGCACUGGUUAUUUUCGAACGCUUCAUAUUCUUCUCGAGCCUUAUUGAUUAUUAUGUUUAUUUGCGCAUCGACCAAUCAGCGACGAGAUGUGACGUCACCGUAUUUGAUAUUCUAUCCGUUUUAGACACAAUUGACUGGACGAUACAAACCACGAGAGAAUUAUUAUGAAACGUUAUCUGACACGAAGAUAUUUUAACGGCGAUUACAGAAAUGGCUUAAGCGCAACGCAUUAGUUUGUAGUUUUAGCUAAAUGUGAGGGAUAUUAAGCCCAUGUAUACAAAAAAAUGGUCUUAAUCUCGCGUGAGCUUCGCAUAUAAGCAGAGCACAACGUCCAUACUUACCGGCAUGGUUUAAAUACUCAUAAAUACAUAAUUAAUUACUUGUCUAUUGUCCUAGGUAAUUUCAAACUAUUUAAUGCAACGCAAUAGUAGUAUUAUGCUGGCGGAGCUCUGAAUGUUACCUUUAAAUAUAACGUCUCUAUAAAACGGGUAGUUUUAUAUUUAGUAUGUUAUUCGUACUUAUUAAGCAGCGAUCUGUGUCCUAAUGUUUGAAUUUUUUAUUUUAUUUAUUUACUAUUAACAUUAUUAAACGUUAAGCGUAACGUAACGUGAAGCAAAGUAAGCGUAAACGUUGCUGUCAAUGUCGACAGUUAUACAAUCCGAAUGAAUUCUUACGUACAUAUAUAUAAGGUACGAAAUCAAUCGCAGAAAACUCAAAGCCGUCGUUUAUAAACACAGUUCCUCGUUUCAUACUAUGAUAAGUUUUUAUCGAUGUUUGUAUUUCAUGGUGCAAUAUUAUAUAUUAACGAGCAUGCUUAGAAAUGGCUGCAUAGAGAGCCUUCUACUAUUUCAUAUGGGACGUAGGAGUAUGCAAGGUCCUAUACACGAUUUCCGUCGUCGAGCCGACAUAUUAUUCGUAAAGUCGAAUUUGAAAAUUGAAACUUUCGUACUUCCGGUAACGAAGUUAAUAAUGCUUCCUCGUACUAAGCACACAGUGGAUGUGAUCCUGCACUACUGUAAUUACUACUAACGAUAAGUAUUACUAACAUAUUCGAGUGCUUGGAGGGGAAUCUGAAGCCACCUGUAGGCCUAUGUUAUGUAACCAUUUACUGUUAUAUGAUAUCAUAAUUAUAGUUGUAAUCAAGUAUUCACUAUCGAUGUUGUGAGACCCCAAGAAACCCCUUUUAACAUUAUUUGUGUCUAUGAAAAUUGAUUUAAAUUAUAAUACGUUAUUCAUAUAUCGGUUUAUUUGUUAAUAUAUGACGUAUAUGUAUUAUAUGAUUAGAUUUUUGCACUCGUAUUAUUUUGAUGAAAAACAUCGAUCAGGAUGGAAAUGGGUUUAAUUAUAUAAUUCUAUAUUAUAUCUCGGUUUUUUUUUUUUUUUUUUAAAGCUGUAUGUAUAACUUGACUUCAUUAUAUUGCGAUUCUGUUGCGUAAUUCGUCCUCCAUCUUGUUUAAUAAAUGUUGUGUCACAUGUUAUACGAUGAAUUCCGUAGUUGUUAUACGUACACAUCAAUAGUAUCUCCAUAGGCCGCUGUCAUAUCUAAAAUAUAAUUCCGAAAUUAAAACGCACUUGAGCAUUCGAUACAGAAAAUUUUUUCAAAAUAAAUCAAAGAAACAUUAAGGUGCAUGGAGAAAUUAUUGAGCUCUAUAAUAGAUUAAAAAAAAAAAAAAAUAUUUAGUGGAAAUCGAUGUCUUAAUGUAAUUGCGAUCUUGGAAAAUUUCUUCUCCUAUCCAAAGGAAUGUUGGGAAUGCAUUGAUAUGUGUCAGCGUCGUAAACUCGCAUCACACGGCUCGAGAUUGUAACGGCUUCCGGUGGACUUUCGUUAUCUGUAUACAAAAAAAUGUUUCAUUAGCUACAGAAUAUAAAUUACCGUUUGGCAUAACUUCUAUCAUUAUUUGUAUUUACUCACACGAAUUUAUUUCCCCUUUUUCAUUGGGCGCACUUUAGAAAACUGUAUUAUGAAAAAAAUUGUAGACUAUACCAGAUAAGAAAUUUUUCAAUAAAGCUUACUUAACUACC